AUGAAGACAUUUAUUUUUCUUGUUAUUUGUGUAUUACUAUUCGUCGUUUCAACUUCGAAUGCUAAACGUUUAUUUUAUGAUAAUGAUAAUGAUAUGGAAUUAACAGAUAAAAGAGCUCGAAUGUUUCUUCGUUCAAUGUCAAAUGGUGAUAGUGAUGAUGAUGCAGGAUCAUUGGAUACUCGUGAAAUUGGCAAGAAUUGUGUUCCAUGUAAAUUUGGUAUUAAUCCUUGCUGUCCCCCAAAUAUUUGCAUUAAGAAGAGAUUCCGUCCAGAUGAAUGCAUGGAAGUUAAACCAGGCAAAUAA